CCUUCUUUUCUCGUCUUGUCUAUUCUAGAUCUUUUUUUCCUGGAGAACAAAGUUCUUCAUCGUCGGUCUUUACUACAAAAAUAUAGAUAUCCAUGCAAUUAUGCGUUCCACACUCUUUUAUUCCGUGCUUGCCAGUGGCAUCACUUCUGCUCUUGGAGAUGCGAGCAUCUCCACUUUCCCAAACUCUCUCGCUUUAGCUGCGAACUUUGAUCCCAUCAAGUCGGCCUACUGGACAGGUCUUCCUCACCAUCGUCGAACUCCCUUUUCCGUUUCGCCAGAUGGAAACUCGGCCUAUCUUGCCUACCUCGAUAGUACCUAUGCGAAGGUAUACGUGCAACAAGUUUCCCUCACCGAUUUCAGCGCCGUCGGCGAGGCCGUUGCGAUUACCGCUUAUGAAGCUACCGGAUUGGUGGCGCAAAAUGAUGGGUUUGCCUUGAUGGCAACAGUCAAUGCGACGGGGACUACUGAUCUUCCUACAGAUGGAUCACCUAUCGUGUCGAUCAUUAGAUAUACCAAUGGUACAAAGACGUGGGAGACGGCGUUGAAUGGUCCAGGAGUUCAUCCUUUGGAAAUGUUGACUUCGACUCCGGAUGCUAAUGGUGAUCUCGUUUAUUCCGCUACUGCUGGUCUUUAUGCUGGAUACUUCGUCGUGGAGGCCUAUACUACCGAUUAUGCUGGUCAUUUCGGUGAUUCCAUCCAAUACGUCAAUGACGAUGGUGUUCUCCAAACUAUCUCCGGUGCAAGCAGCAGUUUCGGUUGCUCCCACAACACCGGUAUUGGUAUCGAAGCUGCAGAUGCCGCUCCCUUUGCCAGUGUCUGUGCCGAAGAUCAAGGCGAUAUCUGGUUGAACACCGAAACGCAAUAUAUGUCUGGUCAAAAGAUUGCCAACGAGAACACCACCAAUGGUGUCAGUGGUGAACCCAUGGGCGGUAUGUCCGGAUCCUACUCUAACUUGGCCUCGAUCCCAGGCUCCGAUGGAUAUAUCUUCGCAUGGCAAUCACGCGGCGCUCUCGAUCUUACCCUGAAUGAUUGGAUGGGAACCGGGUAUACGCAAUGCUCACCCAGGUGGCUCAACCACAACGUCGCCAUCUCCGUCAUGACAGAUAAGAAAACCCUCGCCGCCGCCGAAGCCUCUUCCACCGUGGGCGCCGCAGAAGGCGACACCCAAGUCACCUGGAUCACCUAUUCCUCCACCGACGAUCACCAAAACGUCCACAUCGCCGCCGUCAACUCCCAAUACUCCAUCGUCACCUACGAAACCCUCACUUCCCCAGACUGUCAACCAGUCCCCAUGGGUUGCUCAGGUACAUACGCCGGUACCUCUUUCCAAGUCAUCGACAACACGGGCGCAAAGGUUGGAUCUGCCGUCGUCUCCACCGAAGCCUUUGUCAGUGGUGAUAUCGUCACUAUCGGUACCGAUAAGGUUUGCUGGCCGUAUGUCGAUAUGACAUGGGAUUUGAGCACGGAAAAGAGCAGCGGAACUCCAGUCUCGAAAAUGUCUUUCGCUUGUGCUACUUUGAGCGGUAACUCGACUACCACUGCUUCUUCUUCUGGUUCGGUCGUUGCUAGCUCCGCUGCUGCUACCAUCGCCGCUAGCUCUAGCUCUAGCCCAGCCGCUGCAGUCGUAGCAUCUACUUCCUCCGCAAACAUCGCUAUCGUUUCCUCCCCCGCCUCCUCCUCCUCGGCAUCGCCAUCCAUCGGGCUCUCCGUCUCCUCAGCCGCCGGUCUCGAAAUCUCUAGCUCCGCUCCCGCUUCAGCGUCUGCGUCCCUCGUCGCACCAGUUUCCUCGGCAGCAGCGAUUGCUACCCCCGUUCCUGCGAGCACCACUCUCGCUACCAAAACGAGAAGCAAGCACACGAAAUCUGCGCAUACGAAAGUAGCUACUUCGUCGGUGGGUGCGUCUGCGGCGUCGACUUCUACGGCGAGUGGAGAGUCUGCGGGGGAGGUGAGUGGUGUUGUUUCGGUGGAUGCGGAUGAGUGUGAGGGGGAGGAGGAGGAGGAGUAUUAGAUUGGAGGGGGGUUGAGGAUGGAUGAUGGUUGGAUAAGGAAUGGGGAGAUAUAGUUGAAGUAAAGAUGAAGUUAAGAUGAAGCGAGGGAAGGAAGAAAGGAAGGGCUAAGGUGGAAAUUUAUGUUUAUAUUCUUGUAUAUAUACUACUUGGUUACGAUGGGAAAUAUGCUUAGGUGUUUGUUAUACGAUAUCGAU